UCAGCUCCCUUCGAAGCCUGGCGAACCCGCGGCGUCGCGAGCGGCGGCGGACCCUCUCCGGAUACCGACAGCAGGGGCAGGAGAUGGAUCUUGUUCUCAAUGCUGCAGAUUAUCAUUUUUUUACACCAUAUAUAUAUCCAGCCACAUGGCCAGAAGAUGACAUCUUCCGACAAACUAUUAGUCUUCUGAUUGUAACAAAUGUUGGUGCUUAUAUCCUUUAUUUCAUCUGUGCAACUCUGAGCUAUUAUUUUGUCUUUGAUCAUUCAUUAAUGAAACAUCCACAGUUUUUAAAGAAUCAAGUCUAUCGGGAGAUUAUGUUUACUGUCCAGUCACUGCCCUGGAUCAGUAUUCCUACUGUUUUAUUGUUCCUGCUAGAGUUGAGAGGCUACAGCAAAUUAUAUGACAACAUAGGAGAGUUUCCAUAUGGCUGGUUUCAAUUCCUUGUUAGUGUUACAUCUUUCCUCUUUUUCACUGACAUGCUGAUCUACUGGAUUCAUAGAGGUCUUCAUCAUAAACUUGUAUAUAAGCGUAUCCAUAAACCUCAUCAUCUUUGGAAGGUUCCUACUCCAUUUGCAAGUCAUGCUUUUCACCCUGUGGAUGGCUUCCUUCAGAGUCUACCUUACCAUAUAUACCCUUUUGUCUUUCCAUUACACAAGGUGAUUUAUUUAGGUUUGUACAUCGUGGUUAAUAUCUGGACAAUUUCUAUUCACGAUGGUGAUUUUCGUGUCCCCCAAAUCUUAAGGCCAUUUAUUAAUGGCUCAGCUCAUCAUACAGACCACCAUAUGUUCUUUGACUAUAAUUAUGGACAGUAUUUCACACUGUGGGAUAGGAUUGGAGGGUCAUUCAAAAAUCCUUCCUCAUUUGAGGGAAAGGGACCAAUUGAUUAUGUGAAGAAAAUGACAGAAGAAAAGUGCAACAGCCAUGCAGAUAAUGGUUAUAAAAAUGAAAAAUUACUCAACGGAUUGCUUACAAAGACUGAGUAGAUUAUUACUCUAUUGUUUUUAAAUAUUUUUAAUGAGGAAAAAUAAUCUACACAGCCAAGAUACAUAACAAGAAAUGGUAUCAUUUGAAAAUCAAGAUUGUGAAAUGAACAUAAUGGUAAAUUAAGAGAAGAUGCUAUAAACACCAAGAUACUAAUCUUAUGCUUAACAUGUUGGUAUAAGGGACGUAUGUCUGUUAGUAAGCAGAUCUGUAGUUGCAAAACCUCAGCAGCAAUUUAAAAUAAGAUAUAGAAUAAAUUAUUAAGGGGAUUAGCCUAUGUUCUUUUGCCUUAAUCUACCAGUCUACCCAUACUCAUUAAGAAAAUUCAUUGUGCUUGAUAAUACCAAGACUAAACACCAUAGUUAAGAAAUAUUAACAAGCCGGGCUUGGUGGCUCAGCCUGUAAUCCCGUGCCUUUGGGAGGCUGAGGUGAGUGGAU